AGAGAAAAGAGGCACUCCCUCACAGGGACUCGUAAAGGCAUAGAGCAUCUGGAGAUUUACUGCCUGCAUUGCACUACUGGAUCUCACAACACUUAUGUUUUCAUCAAUUUCUCUCCAGAAGAAGGAAUUGUGUAUUUAAAAAUAUCAUAAACCUAAGAAAGUAUUAUCACUACUCAAAAUUCUAUUCAACUGUUGAGCAGCUAUUCGAAGGAUGUGAGACUCUUUCGUGAUGCAUGUCCCUUAGCAACUGCCUGAGAAAGAAUAUAUGGAUGAUAAAUUCUCUGAACCUUCACAUGUUUGAGAUUGUCUUUAUUCUCACUAGCACUGGAUCCAGAUUCUAACAUCAGGAGGCUACAAUAUUGGAAUUUUGAAGACAUGAAAACAUCAGAUGAACCAACCUGCAACACCUUGGAUUCAGAUUGGAAGAUCAAGAGAAAGUUUAAAGAAUGUGGUCUAUGAAGUCGGAUACUACCUGGAAAUAUUAACUGACUCACACUAAAAAUGAGACUGGUUUCUAGACAGUAGAGGUUAUUUUAGACCACCUUCAAGGUUGAAGACAAAAUGGUGAACUAAAAACUGUACACUCCUUUCCUCCACCACUUGAGACAGAUACCAGCAUUGGUGAAUUAUGAUUUUCCUUAAUUGGAAGCACUCAUUUUUACCCAUGUAGACCACCAUUAGGAAUUAAAUAUUGUUAUUUAAUGUAGAUUAUAAUGGGAAACUGAUUUUUUUCACAAUGGCAGAUUUCAAAGACUUGGUUCUAAACUGAGCCGAAGCUUCCCAAUGCAUUUUAUACAGUCUGGGAAAAACUGUGCUGCAUUGGCCCAUUUUUGAAGGCCAUCAUGCCAUGUAAUAUAAGGAUAUCAUCUUAUUGCUGAUAUCUUGGACGAGUCCCAAGCAGACACGGAAAAUGAAUGGAGGCAAGGAGUGUGACGGAGGGGACAAGGAUGGAGGGUUUCCAGCUAUACAAGUUCCUGUGGGUUGGCAGCGUCGGGUGGAUCAAAAUGGAGUGCUUUAUAUCAGUCCCAGUGGGUCUUUGUUAUCUUGCUUGGAGCAGGUUAAAACAUACCUGCUUACUGACGGAACAUGCAAGUGUGGCUUGGAAUGUCCUCUUAUUCUUCCCAAGGUGUUUAAUUUUGAUCCUGGGGCUGCGGUGAAACAGAGAACUGCAGAAGAUGUUAAAGCAGAUGAAGAUGUCACAAAGCUAUGCAUACAUAAAAGAAAAAUCAUUGCAGUGGCCACACUUCAUAAAAGCAUGGAAGCCCCACAUCCUUCUCUGGUGCUCACCAGUCCAGGGGGAGGAACAAAUGCAACUCCAGUAGUACCUUCACGGGCAGCAACUCCAAGAUCAGUAAGAAAUAAGUCUCAUGAAGGAAUUACAAAUUCUGUAAUGUCCGAAUGUAAGCAUCCUUUCAAGUUAAUGAUUGGAUCAUCCAAUGCCAUGGGAAGGCUGUAUGUACAAGAACUGCCUGGAAGCCAGCAACAAGAGCUCCACCCUGUCUAUCCCCGGCAGAGAUUGGGCAGCAGUGAACACGGACAGAAAUCUCCCUUCCGUGGCAGCCAUGGAGGCCUGCCCAGCCCAGCGUCAUCAGGAUCCCAGAUAUAUGGAGAUGGCUCAAUCUCUCCAAGGACUGACCCGCUUGGAAGCCCUGAUGUUUUCACAAGAAAUAAUCCUGGUUUUCACGGAGCUCCCAAUUCUAGUCCUAUUCACCUGAAUAGGACUCCUCUUUCUCCACCUUCAAUAAUGCUACAUGGUUCUCCUGUACAGUCAUCCUGUGCAAUGGCUGGAAGGACUAAUAUACCUCUUUCCCCAACCUUGACUACAAAGAGUCCAGUAAUGAAAAAACCAUUGUGUAAUUUUUCAACGACUAUGGAAAUACCACGAGCAAUGUUCCACCACAAACCACCCCAAGGCCCACCUCCCCCUCCUCCACCUUCUUGUGCUCUUCAGAAAAAGCCAUUAACAUCUGAGAAAGAUCCACUUGGCAUUCUUGACCCUAUUCCUAGUAAACCAGUGAAUCAGAACCCUGUUAUCAUUAAUCCACCCAAUUUCCAUUCAAAUGUCCACUCUCAGGUACCUGUGAUGAAUGUAAGCAUGCCUCCUGCUGUUGUUCCUUUGCCAAGUAAUCUCCCUUUGCCAACUGUAAAACCUGGUCACAUGAAUCAUGGGAGUCAUGUACAAAGAAUUCCGCAUUCAGCUUCAACCUCUCUGUCUCCUUCUCCAGUGACAUCCCCAGUGCACAUAAUGGGGACUGGAAUUGGAAGGAUUGAGGCAUCGCCCCAAAGAUCACGCUCAUCUUCCACAUCAUCAGAUCAUGGAAAUUUCAUGAUGCCGCCUGUAGGAACCCAGGCCACAUGUAGUGGUAUUAAGGUUCCACCCAGGUCACCAAGGUCAACAAUAGGGUCCCCGAGGCCAUCAAUGCCAUCAAGCCCUUCUACCAAGUCCGAUGGACAUCACCAAUACAAGGAUAUCCCUAACCCGUUAAUUGCUGGAAUGAGUAAUGUACUAAAUACCCCAAGCGGUGCAGCUCUUCCUGCUGCAUCUGCUGGAAGUGGUUCCGUAAAGAGUCAGCCUGGUUUGCUGGGAAUGCCUUUAAAUCAGAUCUUGAACCAGCACAAUGCUGCCUCCUUUCCAGCAAGUAGUUUACUCUCAGCAGCAGCCAAAGCACAGCUAGCAAAUCAAAACAAACUGGCUGGUAACAACAGUAGCAGCAGUAGCAAUUCUGGAGCUGUUGCCCGCAGUGGCAACACCGAAGGACAUAGCACUUUAAACACCAUGUUCCCUCCUACUGCCAACAUGCUUCUCCCAACAGUUGAAGGGCAAAGUGGUCGGGCAGCACUAAGAGAUAAGCUGAUGUCUCAGCAAAAAGACUCAUUGCGGAAAAGAAAACAGCCACCUACCACAGUGUUGAGUUUGCUCAGACAGUCUCAAAUGGAUAGUUCUGCAGUUCCUAAACCCGGACCCGACUUGCUAAGGAAGCAGGAUCAGGGUUCUUUUCCCAUAAGUUCAAUGUCUCAGUUACUACAGUCUAUGAGUUGUCAAAGCUCAAACUUGAGUAGCAAUAGUACCCCAGGUUGUGGGGGCUCAAAUACUGCUUUGCCUUGCUCUGCUAACCAGCUGCAUUUUACAGAUCCCAAUAUGAACUCCAGUGUUCUUCAGAAUUCAUUGACACAGAGCAUACCUUUAAGAGGGGAAGCCAUGCACUGCCACAAUGCAAACACUAACUUUGUUCACAGUAACAGUCCAGUCCCAAACCACCAUCUUGCAGGUUUAAUAAAUCAGAUUCAGGCUAGCGGGAACUGUGGGAUGCUCAGUCAGUCGGGCAUGGCUUUAGGAAACUCAUUACAUCCCAAUCCACCUCAGUCAAGAAUUUCAACGUCCUCCACUCCAGUGAUACCAAACAGCAUUGUUAGCAGCUAUAAUCAAACAAGUUCUGAAGCAGGCAGUUCAGGACCAUCAUCCUCCAUAGCCAUAGCUGGCACCAACCACCCUGCCAUCACAAAGACAACAUCUGUUCUUCAAGACGGUGUCAUAGUCACCACCGCAGCUGGAAACCCCAUGCAGAGCCAGCUGCCCAUUGGGAGUGAUUUUCCUUUUGUUGGCCAGGAGCACGCACUUCAUUUUCCAUCCAACAGCACUUCAAACAACCAUCUUCCACACCCCUUGAACCCCAGCCUCCUCAGUUCUCUACCUAUCUCUUUGCCAGUGAAUCAACAGCAUCUCCUAAACCAGAAUCUAUUAAAUAUCCUCCAGCCUUCAGCAGGAGAAGGCAAGUCUGAGAUCAACCUCCACCCUUUAGGUUUUCUCAACCCGAAUGUAAAUGCUGCCUUAGCUUUUCUCUCCGGUGACAUGGAUGGGCAGGUAUUACAGCCUGUUCACUUUCAGCUCUUAGCAGCCCUGCUUCAGAACCAAGCUCAAGCAGCUGCUAUGCUUCCCCUGCCAUCUUUCAAUCUGACCAUCUCAGAUCUUUUGCAACCGCAAAAUACCCCUUUACCCUCAUUAACACAGAUGACAAUCCCACCAGACCAUUUGCCAAGCAAUCAGUCAGAGAACAGCCGAGCUGAGACCCUUUUAACCAGCCCCCUGGGGAACCCUUUACCAAGCUUUGCAGGCAGUGACACUACUUUUAACCCCCUGUUCCUCCCAGCUGUCACUGGGGCCUCAGGAUUAAUGGCCUUGAAUCCCCAACUGUUGGGAGGUGUCCUGAACUCGGCAUUGGCCACCACCGCUAAUCAUCCAGAGGUUUCCAUAGCAACCUCCUCGCAGGCAACCACUACCACAACCACUACAUCAUCAGCAGUGGCAGCACUGACUGUCUCAACACUUGGUGGGACAGCAGUGGUGUCAAUGGCAGAAACAUUGCUGAAUAUAUCUAAUAAUGCUGGGAAUACACCUGGUCCAGCUAAACUCAACAGUAACUCUGUGGUGCCACAGCUACUUAACCCUCUACUGGGGACAAGUCUGCUUGGUGACAUGUCAUCAAUAAACAAUACUUUGAAUAACCAUCAACUGACUCAUCUACAGUCACUAUUAAACAACAAUCAGAUGUUUCCUCCAAAUCAGCAACAGCAGCAAAUUCUCCAGGGCUACCAGAAUCUCCAGGCAUUUCAAGGACAGUCUACCAUUCCUUGCCCAGCUAACAAUAAUCCCAUGGCUUGUCUGUUUCAGAACUUUCAGGUAAGAAUGCAGGAAGAUGCAGCUCUCCUAAACAAAAGAAGAAGCACUCAGCCUGGGCUCACAGCACCUCCUGAGAAUCUGAACACUACACUUCCACCUUUCCAAGAUACACCUUGUGAGUUGCAACCAAGGAUGGACCCACCUCUUGGUCAGCGGGUGAAGGACGGCCUGGUUGUGGGUAGCCAAAGUGAUGCGUCCGUCGAUGCCAUUUACAAAGCAGUUGUCGAUGCAGCCAGCAAAGGAAUGCAGGUUGUCAUCACCACUGCAGUCAGCAGUACAACUCAGAUUAGCCCCAUUCCAGCUCUGAGUGCCAUGAGUGCCUUCACCGCCUCGAUUGGUGACCCAUUAAAUCUCUCCAGCGCUGUCAGUGCGGUCAUUCAUGGACGAAACAUGGCAGGUGUCGAUCAUGAUGGUAGGCUGAGGAAUGCAAGAGGGGCUCGGCUGCCCAAGAAUCUGGACCACGGGAAGAAUUCAAACGAAGGGGAUGCGUUUGAAUAUUUCAAGUCAGCAAGUUGCCAUGCAUCCAAAAAACAGUGGGAUGGGGAGCAAAGCCCUGGAGGGGAGCGAAACAGGUGGAGGUGCGAGGAAUUUCUAGAUCAUCCAGGCCAUAUCCACAGUAGUCCUUGUCAUGAAAGGCCCAACAAUGUCUCCACACUGCCAUUUCUGCCUGGGGAACAGCACCCAAUACUGUUACCACCAAGAAACUGUCAAGGGGAUAAAAUUCUGGAAGAAAAUUUCAGGUAUAAUAGCUACAAAAGAACUAUGAUGAGUUUUAAGGAGAGACUAGAGAACACUGUGGAGAGAUGUGCACACAUUAAUGGGAAUAGACCUCGACAGAGUCGGGGCUUUGGAGAGCUGCUGAGCACCACAAAGCAAGAUCUGGUCCUGGAGGAACAGUCUCCAAGUUCCUCAAAUAGUUUGGAAAGUUCUCUGAUCAAAGACUACAUCCAUUACAAUGGAGACUUUAAUGCCAAAAGCAUUAAUGGGUGUGUGCCUAGCCCUUCAGACGCUAAAAGCGUUAGUAGUGAAGAUGACCUAAGGAAUCCAGACUCCCCCUCUUCAAAUGAGUUGAUACAUUAUAGGCCAAGGACGUUCAAUGUCGGCGACUUGGUCUGGGGCCAAAUCAAAGGACUGACUUCGUGGCCUGGAAAAUUAGUAAGAGAAGACGACGUACACAAUUCUUGUCAACAAAGCCCCGAGGAAGGGAAGGUGUGGGUAAUGUGGUUUGGUCUUCAUGCAUUCACUCAGGUGGAACCAGAGAAGUUGAAGACACUAACAGAAGGCUUGGAAGCCUACAGCCGAGCCCGGAAAAGGAACAGAAAAAGUGGAAAGCUAAAUAACCAUUUAGAAGCUGCUAUUCAUGAGGCCAUGAGUGAACUGGACAAAAUGUCUGGGACUGUUCACCAAAUUCCACAGGGAGACAGACAAAUGAGGCCCCCCAAACCCAAGAGGAGGAAGAUCUCCAGAUAACAGGGACUAUUCCACUAAUGCACGGUGUCUAUCAAAUGGAACAUGCACAGAUAUAUCUGUAUAUAGGUAUUGAUAUAGCCACGGUUAUGUCAGUAUUUAUACCAUGGCAGAUAGCUACCACCACCACAGGGUGCUAAAAGAAGCAGUGAUACAAUAUUUUUUUUUUGAUCAGGAAGGCUAAUGAAUGCUGGAAAAACUAAUCAAAAUCCCUGAAUGAUGAUAGUGAUAAAUGGUCAAGAGAUUACUGAGAAGCUCUUUUUCUAUUAUACUAAAAUUGUGAUUAUAAGAAAUAGUACAAAUGUUUCUGAGGAAUUUUCCAUGUUAUAUAUAGAAAAUACAGAAUUUCAUGGUGAUAUCAGAAAUGUAAAUAGUGUACAAUAUUGUCAUGUACAAGCGUACCUAAUGCACACUUUAUCUUUUAUUGUACAAAGAAAUAGUGUACAAAAUUCUUUGGUUUCUAUUGAGUACACCUACCAGAGACUACCAGUGUAAAGUGAUAAAUAAAAAUACAACAUAAGUGCUUUUCUAUGAUAAUGUAAAAGAUGCUGUUUUUGUAUUUAACAGCAGAGAAAAGGCAUGAUGAUGUAAUACCUGAAUUACGACAUACACUUCACACCACUGAGUGUUCAUUUAUAUUGUCUGUUUGGAAUGAACCUUGCCUGGAAGACUGGACUCAAUUUCGGGUGUCUAGGAAAUCACAACAUUGCAGAUUUCUAAAGGGAUGAGGGCUCACAGGUCUAAAUUAAGAAUUCAGAAACUGCAACCAUUUGUUGCAUAUUUUUUUUACCUAAGUUUUAAAGUAGAAUAGGUUUUAUAAAAAAAAAAAAAAAAAGCUUAGAUGGAAUAUUUUAUUCAGCCAUUUCUGUAGUUAAUGUUUCCUAGCCACCUUUGGAACUAGAUAGCUCGUAUUGAACAUCACCGAUCAUCAGAAUUGAGGGUUUUUUUUUUUGCAAACAAUAUCUGACAAGGGAAAACUUUCUGUUUCCAUACGUGGAGGCAAAAACUCCACUUCAAAACCCAUUAUCAGAGUUAAGGUUGAUCAUAAUCCAUUUUGAUUGUAGUGGCAAAAAUAAAUAUGAAUCAUCAAAGCAAUUCUCAUAUCCAUUCAUCAGUAUUACCUAAACUAGAAGUUAAGGUGGCUUACAAAAUUAUUAGCAAUGGUGAUUUUUUAUCAGUAUUAUGUAACAUAUCAGAAUUAUUUUAUUUAAAGAAUUAUUUAUACCAUUAACAGAUUCUUAUAUAUAUUAAUGUGGCUGAAAUGUGCAGGUUAAAUCUAUUAAUCAAAUUAUUUAUAUUAUAUGAAGUAAAAACAAAAAUGUGAAACAAAUGUAGAGAGAAGUAAUACAUCACAAGUAUACAAACCUAAAACUGUGAGCCAUUAUAAAGUACAAGGUAAUAAGAAAUGUAGCACAACAUAAUUUUCUGUCUUUUUUUCACAAUUUUUGUGGUGAUGGUAUAACUCUCUCUCCCAGGCGGUGAUGCCAAGUUUCAGGCCUCCAGCCUGACUUCAGUUGACAGAUGGUCAAAGGAAAGGAUCCAUUAUCUCUUUUACUCUUGAACCCCCAGCCUCACCUUGUGCCCUAGUCUUGGCUCACUCAGAGGUGGAGCUGCAGGGCUGCUGGGAGGCUUUACCCAAUAGCAGGCUCUCCACCCCGCAAUGCCUGCCACUUUCCCUCCUUCUCCUCCAUCGUCCACCCCAAAGGCCUCAGUCCCAUGAUGUAGCAGAGUUCCAGUAACUCAGGAAAAAGGAGACCGAGGUCAUUCUUUAAGUUGGUUUCUUGGGGCCACAGCCCAGAGCACCCCCCCGGGCUCACUUUUGAUAGCAACAGCUCUUAGCUCUCCCCUCCAGGUCUCCUGUGCCUCUGUCCCUUCCACUCCCACCCUCGCCCCCUACCCCCAAGCCUGUUGGAAUAUACCUGGCUACACUAGCUGCAUGGUCUGGAGGCAGGAACCCUUCCUUCUGGAGCUGGGGGGAUCGUUUCUUUUGUUUUUUGUGUGUGUAAUGGUUGGAUUGACUGCCAUGGUCUUUCAUGCAAAGUUAUGUGAACAAAUUUUUGUGUAGUUUAGUUGACACAUUUUUGUUACAAGUUGCUGUGUUUGGUAUGUUUAAAUCAUUAAUGUCAUUAAUGUUGCCCUUUUUUUUUUUUUUUUUUUACACCAACCUGCCUUUACUGUUUUGUCUACAUGGUUGUUUUUAUUCACAAAGAGAAAUGUAAGUGUGUUUGUGUGUUGUGUGUGUGUGUUAGAAAACUUUUUUUUUCAGUCUUUGCUUUUGUGUCUUCAGAUUGAGUUGUGUUGUCUUCUUUUUGAUAUUUUAAGCUAAUUAGGUUUGGACUUCUCACCAAUGUAUACUUUACAUCAGUAGCCCAUGUAAAGUAUGUUUGUGCCCAUGAUUUCAUUGGUUGCUUAUGGCUUUGAUGUGGGUGCUAGGUGUAGUUAUUUUGGUCUACACAGGCUUUUUUUCCCCCUCUCUCUCUCUUUUACAGUUUUAUGGUCUCAUGUAAGCAGUUAAUGUAAAUAUUGUUAGCAUUACAGGUCAUAGUGUUGUAACAUUUUUUUAAAUGUUGCACCUACUUUACAAUUAAAAAAUUGGUCACUCAUACUUGAAUUUUGCCCAUAGAGCCAUUUCUUUCUUUCUUUGUAGAGAAGCCAAUUCAUUUUUUUAUGAAGGCCAGCCCUUCUUACUUCAGUAAAUUUUUUAUUCCCUUAAAGAAAUGUCUUUUUAAAAACAAAAACAAAUCCAAGAAUGGAAACAGAAUAAAACAUUUUUGCUCCUUGAAAGAACAUAAUAGUCCCUGCUGGAAAAGUAAAUCUCAUUUUAUUUUGUGUCCUCUUAACAGUCCUAGGAAGCACAAGGAGAAUAGGCUGCACCUUUCAGUAGUUUUUUAGAUUAUUUCAAAUGAGUGAAAAUUAACUGAGCUGCUCUUGUGUGAUUUGUCUAGUUUGUACCAUUGAAAGCAGUCCAGGGUUUUUGUUUAUUUAAAAGAACAUUUUUGUUCCUUUGUGAAUGAAAAUUUCUGCCCCAUUGUGAAUGAAAAGGAUUUAUGAAGAACAUUCACCCCUUGUGAUAUCAUGGGCCAUGUCUACUCUUUUAUUUGGACCCUGACAUUGAAUUAUUUACUAUGUCUGUUUUUUAAGUAAACAUAUGCUUCUUAUUUGAACAUAACACUGCAAUCAGAAUCAUGGGAGCAGCUGAGGGCAGUUCUUUCACUUUCUGUAAGUUUUAUGAAGACUCUCAGCUGACUGAUCCCAUGAGGUGAUUCUUUUUUCACUGCAGACCAUGAUAACACUUUGCAGUCACCUUUGGUAACUUCCCAUGCAGUUUGCAGAGUUCCCUUGCAAGUCACAAGCAAUUUUGCAUUAAGAUGGUGACAUUGCUCUUCUGGAAAUGAGAGCUAAGAAUUUAGACCUUACUGAAAAUCUGAAACUUUGUUAACCUUACCCAUUCAUGCCCAAAUGGUAUAACGCAAGACUCAAGAUGUUUCAAUGUAGUGUAUAACAUGAGCUGUGCAUUUCUUGAUUCAUUUGAGGACUAUGAACAAAAUUAUUAGUGACAGCUGUAAUUUUGAAUUAAUUUAACUUUUUCUUUCAUUCACUCUAUCACAUUUGCAUUAGCCAAAGAGAUAAGAACAUUAGUAAUUCAUAUGUGUAAGCAAUCCAGAAGUGAAUAUAAAUCCGUAAGCCAAAAAGCAAUAAACAACUCAAGCAUGGGAAAACCAGCUAACAGUGGGGAGUCUGAUAUAGAAAAAAAAUAUAUAAAAAGCAUUAUCUUCAAAUAUGAAAGAUUAAUUUGUAUCUACUGUAAAUAUGUAUUAUCAGCCUUAUCUGCUUUUAUACACACUGUGUGUGUGCCUCAGUGACCUUUUAUAAACCGGAAAAAUGGUUGAUUUAAUAAUUUGUUAUGUAAAUACAAAGUUGUCUAUAAAUUGGAAAAUUUGAUGCCAGAUGGCUUCACAAUAUACAAAUGUGUUUUGUAACAUCAUGCCUUUAUGGAUUAAGUAUAAAUACACUGGAUCGUCUGUGUAGAAGAGUAGCAGUUUACAUUCCACCCUCAUUUCAAAUGGAUAUUUUUGUCCAAAUGGUUAUACUC